AUGCACAAAUCCAACGGGACCGCAUCAUGGCUCGCACGACCGCUCCCUGCGGCCCUCCAGACGUACGCCGCGCACGACCUGACGCUCAUCGCGCUCGUGUACGCACAAUUCACGCGCCAGCCGUGGGUGCGCACGCGCAUACCUACGCUCCAAGCGCAGUCCGCGGCGUACGUGGGUAUGCUUGACUCGCGCGAGGAGAACGAGCGUCGGUCUGGGCUCGACAUCAUGAGGUUCAUGCCGCUGGGGAUCAUCGACGGAGGUGAAGAUGACGACAGCGUACCGCGGUACACUUGCAGCUGCUGCCAUCGGGAUCUCGCAGCGAGCUGCUACUCGAUGGGGCUUCAGAGUGGUGCGGAGCGCGGCGGGGGGCCUAGGAUGGGGCAACCCCCAUACGGCCAGAGGUUGUCGUUUUGCCGCUUGUGUAACGCGGUCGCGCAGAAGCACCGGCGGGCGCAGGGCGAGUGGGUCGCCUGUUGA